GAGGGGUUCAUACGUUGGGUUUUCAAUGUGUACAAGCAGCGUCGCGAGCGUCCAUUUGUAACUCAUUCAUGUUUUACUAACCGAGCCCUAGCUACUUCCCAUGAUCCAGUGCGACGUUACGGAUAACGCUGUCUACGCGGUUGUCUUUCCUGUGUAAAGUCUCUGGCAGCAGGCUUGCUGGUAGCUUGACUGUGCAAAGACGGCAAGAAGCGACCGACCGGCGGGGGAGGCAGGCAAGGCAAAGCAAAGUAAAGGACAGGGGGGGGGGAUUUAGGCUGUGUCCCGUAUUUGGAAUAAUAAAGACUAGACUACAGCUUUGCGCUUGACGUGAAGCGAGCUCCUCUGUAACCUUCAAAAAAGGACCCGCAUUUUGACGGCUAACUUAACGUUACUGCUGGAACUCUCGAACUAACCGUCGUUUUGAACUGUGAAGAAACUAAAGAGGUAUUUGGUGCCUGGACGAAGAAUGGGAUUUAAAGAACGUAUCUGCCAGCGCUGAGUUGUGAAAACAAGGGAAUAUUUUCCAGUUGGAUGGAAAAAAACAAACUGUCGAAAGGGGCAGAAUUCAGUUAAGCUCUGUUAACACCGUGCACGUUAUAUGUCAACUCCUGGGGGGGGAAAAAGGGGCAACGAUGGCAUUUAGGAACGAAGGAAAGUAACAUUAACGGUAGCUCGCUGGCUAGCUGAAUAGCUAACGUAGCAGGCUGCUAACUAAGCCUGUGUCGCCCUUCCAUUCCUGGAGUAGAGGAGGGGCGCUGGGGCUUUGUAGCAUUGCAGAUCUGCCUUGCAUUUUUGGGUUGCUGCAAGAAUGGAGAAUCCCAAAUAUCUGCCACAACAACUCAGGGGUUUCUGUUGAACCACGUCGACUCGAUUUUUGUUCCAUUUCUCACACAGAGAAGACCAGAAAAAAAACUGCUCAGCUUACGUUGGGAUUUCAUCAAAAUCAGCCGGCCCCGGGGCAAACCGGGUCUGUAAUUGUGACUACUUCUUUUCGUAUAUGUCCUGUGGGGAUAGGUGUUAUAAAAUGCUGAAGUGCUACACUUCUUAGAUACUGGAUCUCGAGAGGGAGAUCAUGAACUGGCCGGUUUUAACGCGGAAUUAGCCCCGGCUUGGCCUCAACUCAAAGUUUUUUUAAUUAUUAUUUUCGAGACAUAUUCAAGGUGAGAGAGAACUUCUUUUACAGGCCCCUUCUGUGCUAACUAACAGGCCGAGGAGGUGUUUGCCCAUUUCGCUCCCCAUCUCCUCCAUCAUCAUUCCUUCAAAAGUCAACAAGCCGGAAUAACGUAACCAUGUCGGGCGAGGUGCGUUUGCAGAAGCUGGAGAACCUGAUCCUGGACGGGCCAGCUCGGUCCAAUGGCCAGUGCCUGAGUGUGGAAACGCUGCUGGAUAUCCUGGUCUGCCUUUACGAUGAGUGCAACAACUCCCCACUCAGAAGAGAGAAAAACAUCCUGGAGUUUUUGGACUGGGCCAAACCCUUCACUUCCAAAGUGAAGCAGAUGCGCCUGCACAAGGAAGACUUUGAGAUCCUCAAGGUGAUUGGACGAGGAGCGUUUGGAGAGGUCGCAGUCGUAAAAGUGAGAAACACCGACAAGGUAUUCGCCAUGAAGAUUCUAAACAAGUGGGAGAUGCUGAAGCGCGCUGAGACGGCGUGUUUUCGGGAGGAGCGGGAUGUGUUGGUAAAUGGGGACUGCCAGUGGAUCACCACCCUGCACUAUGCCUUCCAGGACGACAACAAUCUGUACCUGGUCAUGGACUACUAUGUUGGUGGCGAUCUGCUGACUCUGCUCAGUAAGUUUGAGGACCGGCUGCCGGAGGAGAUGGCCAGGUUCUACCUGGCUGAGAUGGUGCUGGCCAUUGACUCCGUCCACCAGCUCCACUACGUCCACAGGGACAUUAAGCCCGACAACAUUCUGUUGGACAUGAACGGCCACAUCCGCCUGGCUGACUUCGGCUCCUGCCUCAAACUGAUGGAGGACGGGACGGUCCAGUCCUCCGUGGCGGUGGGGACUCCAGACUACAUCUCCCCAGAAAUCCUCCAGGCUAUGGAGGACGGGAAGGGCAAGUAUGGCCCUGAGUGUGACUGGUGGUCCCUGGGAGUCUGCAUGUAUGAAAUGCUGUACGGCGAGACUCCUUUCUAUGCAGAGUCCCUGGUGGAAACCUACGGGAAGAUCAUGAACCACAAGGAGCGGUUCCAGUUCCCACAGCAGAUAACCGACGUGUCUGAGGACGCUAAGGAUCUGGUACGCCGGCUCAUUUGCAGUCGAGAGCACCGAUUGGGCCAGAACGGCAUCGAGGACUUCAAGCACCACCCCUUCUUCGUUGGCAUCGAUUGGGAAAACAUUCUAACUUGUGAGGCGCCGUACAUCCCCGAGGUCAGCAGUCCUACAGAUACCUCCAACUUUGACGUGGAUGACGACUGCCUGAAGAACUCGGAGACCAUGCCCCCUCCCUCUCACACUGCCUUCUCUGGCCACCACCUGCCCUUUGUGGGCUUCACCUACACCAGUAAAUGUACCCUAUCUGACCGGUCUUGCCUGCGACAGCUGGCAGGGGAGCCGGGUAAGGCAGGCCGGGACCAGUUGGACCUGGAUGUCCAGCGAGGCCUGGAGGACAGCCUGGCCGCAGAGGCUUACGAGAGGAGGAUACGUCGCCUGGAGCAGGAGAAAGUAGAGCUGAGCCGCAAACUCCAAGAGGCGACUCAGACGGUGCAGGCCCUGCAGCACCCGACGGGCGAGGGCCCCGUCAGCGCCAACAAGGAGGUGGAGAUCAGGAGUCUGAAGAGCGAGAUCGACAUCCUCAAGAAGCAAAUCGCUGAGUCUGGCCAACUUGAGAAGCAGCUGGAGGACGUGUCGUUGGCGCGCAGGGAUCUGGAGGACUCAUCCAAACACGCCAAGACUCUGGAGAAACAGAUGAAGAGCGUUACACAGGAGAGGGAUGACAUACACAAGGAUCUUGCCGAGUCCAACGAGAAGCUGAAGUCUCAGACGAAAGAGCUGAAGGAAGCCCACAGCCAGAGAAAACUGGCCAUGCAGGAGUUUUCGGAGCUUAACGAAAAGCUCACGGACCUCAGGUCGGUGAAGCAGCGUCUGGCUCGCCAGUUGCGUGACAAGGAGGAGGAGAUGGAGAGCCAGACUCAGAAGCUUGAGGCGCUUCGCCUUGAGGUGCGGAAGUCUGAGAGGGCCAGGAAAGAGAUGGAGGUGCAGGCGGAGGAGAAGACAGCGGAGGCUCAGAAAGAGAGGAAGCUGAGAGAGCGUAAUGAGCAGUACAGCCGACAGCUGGAGGAGGAGCUGGAAGGGCUUAAGCUGAAGCAGGCGGGCUCCUUUGCCGCCCCGGCAUCAGCGGACCAGACCCAGGAGGUGGGCCGCCUGCGGGGAGACCUGGAGAAGAAAACGCUCCUGUACGAGGAGGAGCUGGCACGCAGGGAAGCGCAGCACAGCUCGGAGCUGAAAGCCCUGCGCAAGGAGCAGCGGGACGCUGAGAGCCAACACCUCGCCCUGCAGAAAGAGAUCCUGAUGCUCAAAGACAAGCUGGACAAGACUCGCCGCGAGAGCCAAAGCGAGCGGGAAGAGUUUGAGACGGAGAACAAGCAGAAGUACGACAGGGAGAGAGUGCUGCUUACUGAAGAAAAUAAGAAGCUGUCCAGUGAACUGGAUAAGCUGACCAGCAUGUUUGAGAAGGUGAGCGGCUCCAACAGGCAGCUGGAGGAGGAGAUGAGGGAGCUGGCUGACAAAAAGGAGAGUGUAGCUCACUGGGAGGCCCAGAUCACGGAAAUCAUCCAGUGGGUGAGUGAUGAGAAGGAUGCUCGGGGCUACCUGCAGGCUCUGGCUACUAAGAUGACCGAAGAGCUGGAGGGACUGAGAAACACCAGCCUAGGAGCGAGAGCCACGGACAUGCCGUGGAAGAUGCGCCGCUUCGCAAAGCUGGACAUGUCUGCCCGUCUGGAGCUGCAGUCGGCCUUGGACGCUGAGAUCAGAGCCAAGCAGAGCAUCCAGGAUGAACUGAACAAGGUCAAGGCCAACAACAUGUCCACAGAAUGUAAACUGCAGGAUGCGGAAAGUAAAAACCAGGAGCUCCUGGCUGAGAUCGACAGGCUUAAGAAAGAGACAGAGGAGCUGCGGCUACGAAGGGGUGUCAAGCACCAGGAUUCCCAGAAUUCCUUCUUGGCUUUUCUCAAUGCCCCGACCUCAGCGCUCGACCAAUUUGAUCGCUCGCCCUCCGUUGGCCCAGCUAGCAAAGGCAGACGUGUGGACUCUAUGGAUAACUUCACCCCCUCCAACACUCCAUCCCGGGAAGAUGACCCUAAGUCCCACCUCAAGUCGCGAUCGCGGUCACCCUCCAUGGCUAGUGAUAUGGAGCCCAUAGAGUUGAUAGACCAUCCUCCUCGUACAGUCCAGACCCCCACCAUGCGCUCAGGGGGUUACGGCAGUAUUGGACGCUCCUCCCCUAAGCCCAAAGCACAUCAGUUUGUGGUGAAGUCAUUCACCACGCCCACUAAGUGUAACCAGUGCACUUCCCUCAUGGUGGGGCUCAUACGUCAAGGCUGUACCUGUGAAGUGUGUAACUUCUCCUGCCAUGUAACAUGUGCGGACAAGGCUCCGGCUGUGUGUCCCGUGCCCCAGGACCAGACCAAGGGCCCGCUGGGUAUCGACCCUCAGAGGGGUAUUGGUACUGCGUAUGAAGGCCACGUCAGGGUGCCCAAACCUACAGGGGUGAAGAAGGGUUGGCAGAGGGCGAUGGCUGUGGUGUGUGACUUCAAGCUGUUCCUCUACGAACUGGGAGAAGGAAAAGCAACGCAACCAAGUGUAGUAGUCAGCCAAGUCAUAGAUAUGAGGGAUGAAGAGUUUUCAGUCAGUUCUGUCCUGGCCUCUGAUGUCAUCCACGCCAGCCGCAAAGACAUCCCCUGUAUAUUCAGAGUGACCGCGUCCCAGCUCUCCCCCUCCAGCAACCACAAGCCCUCCAUCCUGAUCCUGGCCGACAGCGACCAGGAGAGGAACAAAUGGGUGGGCCUCCUCAACGAGCUCCACCGCAUCCUCAAGAAGAACAAGCUCAAGGAGCGCUUUGUCUACGUCCCCAAGGAGGCGUACGACAGCACCCUGCCGCUCAUCAAGACCACACAGUCUGCUGCUAUCAUAGAUCACGAGCGUGUCGCCCUGGGCAACGAGGAAGGCCUUUUUGUCAUCCACGUCACCAAAGAUGAAAUAAUCCGGGUGGGGGACAACAAGAAGGUACACCACAUCGACCUGAUUCUCCAGGAGCAGCUGCUGGCGGUCAUCUCCGGCAGGAACCGUCACGUCCGCCUCUUCCCCACGCAGGCCUUGGACGGCCGCGAGACCGAGUCCUACAAGCUGGCUGAGACAAAGGGCUGCCAGACCAUUGUCUCUGGCCCCGUCCGCAACAGCUCGCUCACCUGCCUCUGCGUGGCCAUGAAGAGACAAAUCAUCUGCUACGAGGUGAAUAAGAGUAAAGCCCGUCACCGUCGGCUGCGAGAGGUGCAGGCCCCGGGGCCCGUUCAGUGGAUUGGUCUGCUCAGCGAGCGGCUCUAUGUAGGAUAUCAGUCUGGCUUCACCCGCUACAGUGUCCACGGCGACACGGCCCCUGUCAACCUGCUCCACCCCGAGGACCACACCCUGGCCUUCAUCCCCCAGCAGAGCCUGGACGCCCUCUGUGCCGUGGAGAUCUCCAGCAAGGAGCUGCUGCUGUGCUUCAGCGCCAUCGGCGUCUACGUGGACUCCCAGGGCCGCCGGUCGCGGCAGCAGGAGCUGAUGUGGCCGGCUGUUCCCACCUCUGCUUGCUACAACGCCCCCUACCUGUCGGUGUACAGUGAGAACGCCAUCGAUGUGUUUGACGUCAACACCAUGGAGUGGAUCCAGACCAUCCCUCUCAAGAAGGUGCGACCUCUGAACGUCGACGGCUCUCUGAACCUGCUGGGACUGGAAACAGUCCGGCUCAUCUACUUUAGAAACAAGAUGGCCGAGGGUGACGAGCUGGUCGUCCCGGAGACGUCGGACAACAGCAGGAAGCAGAUGGUGCGCAGCAUGAACAACAAGAGACGCUUCUCCUUCAGGGUGCCGGAGGAAGAGCGACUUCAGCAGAGGAGAGAGAUGCUGCGAGAUCCAGAGAUGAGGAACAAGCUGAUCUCCAACCCCACCAACUUCAACCACGUGGCCCACAUGGGACCAGGAGACGGGAUCCAGAUCCUUAAAGACCUGCCCAUGGAGAGCCGUGCGGGCUUCAGCGGUUCAGUCAGCAUCCCCUCCAUCACCAAGAACCGGGCCGAGCCGGGCCGUUCCAUGAGCGCCAGCAGCGGUCUGGGCAUACGCUCGUCCUCCCAGAACGGCAGCGCUCUGCGCAGAGAAAUGUCCGGAGGAAGCUACGGCAAGCGGCAGACCAUGACCUCUCCCUCGGAGAGCUCCCUGUCCUCGGGCGGAGGCAUGGACUGUGCUGAUGCUCCACUCUCGCAGUUUGACAGAGAGUGGCAGGCAGUCUCACCGUCGGAGAAGACCCCCGAUCUGAAAAGGGCUUUAAGGACCCUGCUUAGUAAGAUGAAGGACUCGGACUCCCCCCGCCACUCGACGGCCUCCAACAGCUCCACCUUCAGCAGCCCCCCCAGUCCCGCCUCCCCACACAAGACCAAGUCCCUGUCCCUGGAGAGCACAGACCGGAUGAACUGGGACACAUGAGCCUCGGGCCAGCCUCUCGCCACCCCAAACCCCGCCCACUGACCCCCCCCCCCCCCCCACACCCGGAACCACCCUCCGACCGACAGCACAGGACUCCAAGCCCUCCUCUCCCUCCUCCACCGCAGCCUCUCACACCCCCUCUCUGAAUAUUUCCGCUCACUGCCCAGAGAACUGCACCUCCCGGUGAACAUUUGUCCCACUUUACAACCUCACUUUGUCUCUCAUCGUACUUCCAGACGGGGGCAGAAACACUGAGAAAGGGUCCGUCCUCUCUUUGAGGGGAAAUUCUGAGGGAGAAGUUAUAAAAAAUGAGUGGUAGUGUACAUGUGGGUGCUGAUGUUUGAGGGUGUGUGUGUGUGUGUGUGUGUGUGUGUGUGUGUGUGUGUGUGUGUGUGUGUGUGUGUGUGUGUGUGUGUGUGUGUGUGUGUGUGUGUGUGUGUGUGUGUGUGAGAGAGUGUGUGUGCGUGAGAAGCUGUAUGCGCUUGCCAGCGCGUGUGCAUGUGUUUGAUUCAGAAAGGGCAUAAGCUGUAGGAAUGAAAACCUCCCGACUUGGCUCUUUUUAUUUUUUAUUUUUUUUUGCUAUUGACCGAAGCAAUCGAGCUUCACGGACCCAACUGUGUCCCCCCCCACGGCCCCCUGAGAUUUAUUCAGAGACUCGAAAACCUCACAAUGCAACGAAAGAAAAGAGGGUUAUUACGGAGUGGAAAUGAUUUGUACUUGUAUAUAGGACCCUUUUGGGUUUUAGGGGACAAUACUUUAAUUUAUUUAUCAAUCUUAGACAAGUAAAGGGAGGUUUGCUUCGUGGCCUGAAUCAGACGGGUGGAGUUGAACCAUUCCUCACUUCCCUCCUUAGCUUUCUCUUUGGGUGCUGCAAAAAUAGAAAAUGUAAAAAAAAAAAAAAAAAAAAA